AUGGAAUUGAAUCCCAGUGACCAGUCCUUAAAAUUAUCACCACUCCAAAAACAAAAGAAGAACAAUAAAAAUGUGAAACUGAAAAGAGAUGGUAAGGGUGGGCUGAAAAACAAGGAUUCUGGUUUCUUGAAAGAAGGCUCAAAAUUAGACUCUGGCUCUUUACAAAAGCAGUCUUCACCCGCAGAGUCACUGGGACAAGAUUUAGAAAAAAGUAAUACCUUUGUAGGAAAGCCUGUGGCCAAAAAAAGUACAAUGAAAGGUAAAUCUGAGCGUACACAAAGUAUUAGUACUUUAAAAAAUGGUGGUCAACAAAUUACUAGGGACAAAUGCAGAUUAGUUAAAAGGCAAAAAGAAUAUGUGGAAGAUCCUGAAUUUGUCAGAGACGAUGUAACUUACAGUCUUCCCACUGAAAAACAAAUUCUGACUGAAGAAACAACUUCUUCCAGUAAAAAGUCAAAAGCGGUUAAAUCUAAGCAGUCCCUUAAAAUAGAAGUACUUCCUUCUACAUCCAGGGAUCAGCCUCAGACUGAUUCAUUAAUUGUACAAAAAUACAAUCCUGUUAAAAAGCAAGGAAGUCAAGAAGCAAUAGAAAGUCAAACCAAAAUAAAGGAUGUUGCUGAAAAAUCUGAUAAAUGUGAAAUAAUAUGCAUGAGAAGAGAAGAAGGUGAAGAGCAGAGAGUGUUUAAAAAAAAGGAUCAUUUUUUGAAACAAAUAGCUGUAACUAUGUCAUCAUCUUCUUCAACUGAGGAAAGUAAUAAUUAUAUUCCAAAAUAUAUACUUAAGAGAAGGGAAAAAGAAGAGGCCUACUAUGAAGGCCAAGAGGUCCUGAAGCCAGUGAAAACAGUACAAAAAGUGAAAGAUUUGGACAUAGAAAAAGAAGACAGUGAGAUUGAGGAGAUGCAAGGUACAAACAAAGAGAAAGAUUAUGUAGAAGAGACGGAUAUAAAAAGCCUGCAUGAGGAAGAAACAAAUUCUGAAGCUAAAUCUGAAGAAGACAGGCAGUUAGAAAAUGGGAAUGAGGAGGAAUCUAAUCAAAAGCAGGAGAGUGAAGGCAGUGAAAAGAGUGAAAGUGAAAAAGAAAAGCUAGAUGAAACAGUUGACAGUGAUGGUGAACUAGGGGAGGAAGAAGAGAGUGAGGUUAAAGAAGAAAGAGAUGAGGCUGAAAGAGACAGUGAGAGUGAGGGUGCAGAAGAGAAUGAAGAGGUUAAUCAGAGAGAUGGCAAAGGGCAAGGAGAUGAGGAAGGUGGGUUGAUGGAGGAAGAAGAAAUGCUGAGUGAGAGAGAAAAGGAGGAUAUGGGGGAGGAGAAUGCAAAAGAUGAAGACACUGAGGAGGGGAAGGAGGAACAGGUUAAAAGUGAGGGAAGAGAUGAGAGUGAGGAAGGAGGUGAAGAAAGCGAGAGGGAGGAAGAAAAAGAGAUAGAGGCAGAAGAGGAAGGAGAAGAUGAAAAGGAAGGUGAAGAAGACAAAGACAGGGAGAAUGAAGAAGACGAAGAGGGUGAAGAGGAGAAGGAGGGUGGAGUGGGAGAAGAAGAAGAGGAGGAGUGUGAAGUGGGAGAGGAGAGAAAAGGUGAAGAGGAGGAGGAAGAGAAAGGAGUAGAGGCAGAAGCAGAAGGGGAGGAAGAGGAAGAAGAUGAAAACAAAGAAGAGGAGGAGGGUGAAGUGGGAGAGGAGAGAAAAGGUGAAGAGGAGGAGGAAGAGAAAGGAGUAGAGGCAGAAGCAGAAGGGGAGGAAGAGGAAGAAGAUGAAAACAAAGAAGAGGAGUGGGAAAAUGACGAAGAGGAAGGGGAUGAAGAAGAGGGAGGAGUGGAAGAAAAUGAGGGAUUAAGAGAAGAAGAAGAAGAAGAAGAAGAAGAAGAAGAAGAAGAGGGGUAUGAAGAAGAUGAGGAAGAAGAGGCAUUGGAAGAAGAAGAAGAAGAGGGAGAGGAGGAAAAAGAGGGAGAGGAGGAAGAAGAGGAAAUGGAGGAAAAGGAGGAAACAGAGGAAGAGGAAAAAGAGGGAGUAGAAGAAGAGGGGGAGGAGGAAGAGGGAAUAGAAGAAGGAGGAGAGGAGGAAGAAGAAGAAGAGGGAAAGGAGGAAGAAGAGGCAGAGGAGGAGGGAGAAGGAGAGGAGGAAGAAGGUGUAGAGGAAGAGGGAGGACGGGAAGAAGGAGAGGAGGAGGAAGAGGGAGAGAGGAAAGAAGGAAAGGAGGAAGAGGGAGAGGGGGAAGAAGGAGAAGAGGAGGAAGGGGCUGUGACAGAGGAGGAAGAGGAUGAA